AUGGAUAUCGUUGCGUCGCCUACGUCCACGUCGGCGGAGGAAGCUCGUCGCUUUCCCGUAAGCGAUACAUCAGACCAGCCCCGCGAUCGACCACAAUCACAUGUGAAUGCCCUCCACGAAGGGGCCAACACCAACGACUCGUCCACCCUCAAUAAGCCUCCUGUGGUCAAACACUUGUCCAGUCCUGAGUACAACACACCCUCCCGCCAUCACCGUCGGACCCCUUCAGCACACAGGCCGGUCAAGGAAUCUCUCAACGCACGAUCCGAAUAUGUCACCAGUAAAGACGACGGCGUCGCAGAACACCGCAUCAAUCAAUAUAUCAUCAAGCAAGAGAUUGGCCGCGGUUCCUUUGGAGCAGUUCAUCUAGCCAUCGAUCAGUAUGGGAAAGAAUACGCCGUCAAAGAAUUCUCCAAAGCGCGACUGCGCAAGCGAGCGCAGUCUCACAUCCUCCGGAAACCUCUGUCCCAAAGGCGCCGGGGUGCAUUGCAAGGCUUCAAUUCCCCUUUGCACCGAAACGUCGUCGGAGAGGGCGAAGCGCAGGUCAAUUCAAUAGACCUGAUAAAAGAGGAGAUUGCCAUCAUGAAGAAAUUGAACCACCCAAACCUGGUCUCGUUGAUCGAGGUCUUGGAUGAUCCGUCAGAAGAUUCGCUAUACAUGGUGUUGGAGAUGUGCAAGAAAGGCGUGGUUAUGAAGGUAGGGCUGGAAGAAAGAGCAGAUCCAUACCCCGACCAUGUCUGUCGAUACUGGUUUCGAGAUUUGAUUCUAGGAAUCGAAUAUUUGCAUGCUCAAGGCGUAGUGCAUCGUGAUAUCAAACCCGACAACUGCUUGGUCACGGAAGACGAUGUGCUCAAGGUGGUCGACUUUGGUGUCUCGGAGAUGUUUGAAAAGGACUCCGAAAUGCUCACUGCAAAGUCCGCUGGCAGCCCUGCGUUCCUUCCCCCGGAGCUGUGUAUUGCUCGACAUGGAGAUGUGUCAGGGCGCGCGGCGGACAUCUGGUCAAUGGGGGUGACUUUGUACUGCUUGAAGUACGGCAGAAUCCCAUUUGAGAAGACGGGCAUUUUUGAACUCUACGAAGCCAUCAAGGCCGAAGAGCCAGACCUAGGCGAUGAAAAAGACGAAGAUUUUCGCGAUCUAAUGAACCGCAUACUGGAGAAGGAUCCGCAGAAACGUAUCAAAAUGCCGGAGCUGAGAGAACAUCCGUGGGUCACGAACAAGGGCACUGACAAGCUGCUUCCAGAGGAAGAGAACACCUCUGAUCUUGUUGAGCCCCCAACAGAGGCCGAGAUGAACGCGGCGAUUACCAAGAAUAUGAGAAACCUCAUGACAGUCGUCAAAGCUGUCAACAAGUUCAAGUCCCUCGUAGCAAAAGAUAAACCUAAGGGCAUGACUUCAAUCCUGGGUGAUCAAGAAGGCUCACAUUUCUCUCAGCCCCCGGCAGCUAUGCUCAAAGAAUCCGAAUCUUUCCCCCCAAAAUCACAUAGUUUCAAUGCUUUCGGCCAAGACCACACAGAUGCGGAACCACGGAUUGAAGAGCUUGCUCAAGACGUGAAGAAGCUGGAUGUCCGACCGGUGCCUACGCUCAGUAUAGACGAUACGACGAAGAGCGAAGAGCGAAAAGGAGUCGAAAGAGGCAGAGACGUUGCCAGUCCUUCUAACACGGAUGACUCGCUGUCGAGAAUCCAAAGCAUGGUAGACAUCGAGAAGCUCGACCCAAUGACGCUGCCUCCUUUCCGAUCGCUGAGACCACACGCAAACACUACUGACGAUUUAGGCCACCGAGGUCACGCGCACGACCCCUUGGAAGACCAACUAUACCUUUACAUUGGUCCGUCCACUUUUUCGGGGGUCAGUUCCAGCACCGACGAGGACGGGACCUUUGUUCCAGCAGACGACGAUGUGCCCAUCGUCAGUGAAAGCCCUGGGGCGGCGGACGUGGACAUUUAUGAAACCGCGUACCGCGACGAGAUUGAGCGAAUAAUGGCUCGAGCCCGGGAGGAGAAGAAGGAGCCCAACGUUUACCUCACAAGACGCGUGGAUGCGAGAUUGAUGGCCAUCAGCGGACUCGCAGGCAAAUGGGCGGCGAAGGGCGAAGAAGCCAAGAAUCAAAUCAAGGACUAUACGCAGUUCUCUGCUCGAAAGGCCCGGGUGACCGAAGUCAGCCGCGCACUGCGGCAAGCCGCAAGAGAAGAGUAUGAGAAAAGGAGGCAAGAACACCGGGAAUGGAUCGCGGCCGACAAAGCAGAACGAGCCCGAGCCAAAGAAGCAGAGGCCUCCAAAGCAAGCACCCCGCCGCCAGCGGGGGCUGGAGCCGAGGGAGCAGAGAACUCGCCAACCAGCCCUCAAUCGCCUGGGAAGCAAUCUUCGGUAUGGAAAGGUAAGGCAGUAGAUGCUGGACGACAAGCAAGAACCUCUCUGAUGGGAUUCAUGGACUUGGUUAAGAGCAAGAGCCGAACACGAACUAAAGACGAGGCCAGCUGA